AUGUAAUCCACAAUAAGUGAGCAAUGUGUGAACAAUAAGUGAGCAAUGUGUGAUUUUUCUAUGUUUGUGUCGGAAUGCUUUUAAAGGACUGUGUCAUAAGAAAAUAAUUAAGACGAUGCGCCAUAUUUGGUGUUUGAUUUAUCGGUUUCAACCGAUCAGAAAAUCUGAUAUUUAAUGUCAUUGUACAUGUCUCUGUUCAUGCCGACUCGGAACAGAGAAUGAUGAAAGCCUGCCUUCUGGUCACGUGGUUGGCUGUAUUCUCGACACUCAAUUGUAGUGCAGAUCCAGUCAAUACAAACUAUUUACUUCUCCAGAUCUUGUUUGGGAAAUACAUUCAAUACCAUCCUCCAAUUGUUUCCCAGCUCCUUGUUGCACCCAUGACUCCAUCGCCACUUCCGCCUCCCCCGCGCCCUGUCAUUCAUCCCACCCUGUAUUUCAGCUAUGCCAACGCCAUACCUAUAGGCAUCUACAGCUCCUAUCUUUGCGGCAUUCUUAGCCAGCCUUUCCAAGUUCCCUCACCGACCUACUUGCAGAUAACUUACGAUACUUUGGCUUCAGGCCAACAGCUGGUUCACUUGUCUCAGUGGUUAAACUCUCAGACAGAUCAGCCAUUACCUUCAGCUUAUCCACCACCAAAUCAAUUUUCCUCUUCGUAUGACGAAGAUGAAUCUAGUAAAUUGAGGCACAAAGAGUUUAAAAGAUUUGGAAAUCGACUUAUUUCCGUAAAGACUUCCAAAGUAACAACAGUGGCGUACGUUUUUAAAUCCCUAAGAAACAACCUGAUUAUUGGAUAUAGUAAGCAGCGAAUCAGUGAGCUAAGCACAUUGCUUAACGACAACCUUACGUCAUCAGACCUUGAGCUUGCUUUGGAGGUGAUAUACGACGCGAAGAACAACUUGGCAAUGAACGCCGCCAACAUCGCCCAGACAUUUUUUGUCAAAGAUCCAGCAUCCAGCUCCAAGUCUUUGGCAGAAAGUGACAGGAAAAGGUUGUACACAGAUAUAAUCCUGGCAGCUAACGGUCGAGGAAAAACUGCCGAUUGUCAGUUGGACUUUCAGACACCGGAAGACAUCGUGCGGGUUGUGUACAGGAACAUUCUCCCAUCGGGAAUGUCUAGGCAAGAAAUAAUAAACGCGGAAAACGGCAUGGUGUUCCUGAGCAAGGCUAACCUCAACAGACAGGAGGUCGUCAACAUCUUUGACAACCUAAUACAAGAUCAUCCAAAGAUUGAUCAACCAUUGAUCUGUUUCAUUUUGCAUAACUAUGCAAUUAGCUCUCAAUAUUGUUCUGUUCGCGGAACGGCAAAUCUGGUGUAUGAAAGGCUGAGAUGUGAAUUUACAGGAACCACAGAAGCAACCACUUUGAAGACAAGCAUGUCUGAUCAACAAACAUCAACGGCUGCUACAAGCUCUACAACACAAACGACAUCCACUUUAACCACAACAACACCAACAACAAUGACAACAACUACAAUGCCGCCAACAACCACAACAACACCAACAACAACGUCAACAACUACAGUGCUGCCAACAACCACAACAACAACAACGAAAACGACAACAACUACAAUGCCGCCAACAACCACGACAACACCACCAACAAAGACAACAACUACAAUGCCGUCAACAACCACAACAACAACAACGACAACAACUACAAUGCCGCCAACAACCACAACAACACCAACAACAACGACAACAACUACAGUGCCGCCAACAACCACAACAACAACAACGAAAACACCGACAACAACAAUAAUUACGACACCAAUGACAACAUCUACAACCACCACCAUUACAACUCAAACUGCAACAACCACGUUAACCACAACGACACCAACAACUACUUUGGCUACAGCCCAAUGUGGGGUCAGUGAUAUUACCAGUGACGUCGGUGGCGUUGCUGGAGGCUACUGCGGUGUGUAUCCAUGGAUUGUCCGUCUAAUCGUUAACGGUUAUCGGUUGUGCGGCGGCGCUAUUUUGGAUUCCACGCACAUAUUGACUGCAGCCCAAUGUACUGCAGACGCUUUGAGUAUCACAGCCACAGUUGGUGAAUACGAUUCCACUGUAGAGGAAGGAACAGAGCAAGUCUUUGAUGUCAGUGUUCCAGACGGCGUCUCUCAACAUCCAGGUUUUAGCUUUCAAAACCAAACCAACGAUAUUUCUAUUUUAACACUUAGUGCACCUAUCGAUAUGUCCAGGAUCUGUGCUAAGCCUGUCUGUCUGAACCCUACCUAUCAGCUGACAUCAGGUCAACAAUGCAAAAUAGCUGGAUGGGGUUGGCUUAAUGAAAACGAUGCCCUACCAUCUGAUACACUACAGUCUACCACAAUCACUACAUACCAAGGCGGCGACUGCGCUGCUGCGUUUCCUGACGCCCCACCUAACUACAUUAGUGAUCCCUCCACACAACUUUGUGCGGGACAACCUGCUGGUGGGGUCGAUGCAUGCGCAGGAGAUUCUGGUGGACCUCUCUUCUGCUUGGACAGCGCGACGGACACAUGGAACGUGGUUGGCGUGAUAUCAUACGGUAAUGGCUGUGCCAUGCCGGGCAUCCCAGCGGUCUUCACCAACACAGCUGCCUACUACAGCUGGAUACAACUACAACUUUAGAAAAAGUUGUAAUAUUUAGAGGAUGCCGAUGAAGAUCUAAAGCUUGAUGAAAUCCAUAGCUAGUUCUAGCCAUAGAAAAUAAAACUUUUUUGUUCUGUACAUUAAAACAAAGCAGAUUGUUAGAACAUUGUAUGAAUAUGUUUCGGCUAAAAAUGAAAAAUAAAAACUUUACGAACUUAAAACUUGUUUAAAUAUUGA